AUGUGUGGGUUUCCGCAGGCGAAGGGCGGCCACGGCGGCAGGGGCGACCGCUUUCGCCACCAUGAAAAAGGCAAGCGGCCCGACGAGCGGAACAAGGAACGACUCUGCGAAGCUGCCAGCGGACGCAUGGUGCCCGUCGCGGUAGAAAACGCGGCGUUCGAGGAGUACUACAACAGGCAGGGCAUUGUCGAGGAGACGGAGUGGGAGGACUUCAUGUCCGCCUUGAGGACCCCCCUGCCGCUCACGUUUCGCAUCAACGGCGCCGGAGCCUUCGCGGACGCCCUCCGCGAGAAGCUCAAGGAAGACUUCCUGCGCGACUUCUCGGACGAGCCGAUUGAAGUUGACGGCGAAGUCAUCGCGCCCCCGCGCCCACUGAAAUGGUACCCUAGAGAGCUGGCAUGGCAGCUGUCCUUUUCGCGCAAGCAGCUGCGCAAGGUACCCCAUCUGGAGUCGAUCCACGAGUUCCUGAAGGUCCAGAACGAGGCUGGUGGCAUCACGCGGCAGGAGGCGGUGUCCAUGGUGCCACCACUGUUGCUCAAUGUGCGCCCGGAGCACCGGGUGCUCGACAUGUGCGCGGCGCCGGGAUCCAAGACGGUGCAGCUGAUCGAGCUACUGCACGCGGGGCACGGGAUCCCGACAGGGCUGGUCGUCGCGAACGACGCAGACACGCAGCGAUGCAACCUCCUCACGCACCAGACCAAGCGGCUGUGCUCGCCGUGCAUGCUCAUCACCAACCACGAGGCGCAGAACUUCCCCGUCGUCAGCGCGCCGGACGGCUCGCCGCUCCAGUUCGACCGCAUCCUUUGCGACGUGCCAUGCUCUAGCGAUGGCACGCUCCGCAAGAACACAGAUCUUUGGCGGCGCUUCGCGGCGUACAACGCCAACAGGCUGCACGUGCUGCAGCUGCAAAUCACGCUGCAUGCAUGCCGCCUGCUGAAGCCGGGCGGGCGGCUGGUGUACUCGACGUGCUCAUUCAACCCCGUGGAGGGCGAGGCGGUCGUUGCGGAGGUGCUGCGGAGGUGCAAGGGCGCCAUGGACCUGGUCGAUGUGUCUAGGGAGCUGCCAGGGCUGGCGCGGUGUGCGGGGAAGACCAAGUGGGUCGUGCGGGACAAGACGCAGUACUGGGAGGAGUGGAAUGAGGACACGCUGCAGAAAGGAUGGAAGCUGGAGCCGUCGAUGUUCCCGCACGCCGACACGGCCGAUAUGCCGCUGCGCCGCACUAUUCGGCUCCUCCCGCACCACUCCGACACCGGCGGGUUCUUCGCUGCAGUCCUGUUGAAGAUCCACGAGAUCCCCGAUUUCUCGCAGCUAGUCGUGCACCGCACGCGCCGCGCGCCCCCCAAGGGCGCCGCAGAUACCUCCGCGGCCGACAAGAUCGAGGACCAGAAGCCCGAGGUCAACGACGAUGAGGGCGGGAAGGCCAUCAGCAAGGCUAACUUGGGGGACGCGGAGGGCGCCGCGGGCGACGACGCCAAUGCGCCGGACGGCGCGCCGAAGGAGGAGGGGCCUGGCGCGGGUGCGUCCGCCGACGAUGCGGACAAGCCGCUGCCGGGGGCGCGCGGGGGCGGUGGUCGCGGCGGCCGACAGGGAGGGAAGCACAACGGUCUGGAUCCCGUGAUGCCUCUAUCGGACCCGGACAUGUUGAGAACGGUUCGCGAAUUCUACGGGCUGAGCGACGGCAUCAAUCUUGAGACGCAGCUGGUGACGCGGUCGACGGGCGAGGCGGCGGCGCGGCCGAAGAAGGUUUAUCUCAUCAGCCGCGAGGUCAAGAAUCUGCUGGCGACGGACCAUACAGAGUGCAUGAAGAUCAUGGCGUUGGGCGUCAAAGUUUUCGAGCGCCAGGAGGCCCAGACGCCUGGCGGGUGCUCGUACCGCAUCGCGCAGGAGGGGCUUCCGCUGCUGUUGCCCCACAUCACUAAGCAGCGCAUCUUCGUGUCCGCGGGCGAGUUUGAACGCCUCCUGGACCAGCGCGUGGUGCCGGUGCUACAGGAGGGACGGAUGAAGGGGCCCGACGAGCAGGGGCGCAUGCCGUUGUCGGACCCGCGCACUGUCGAGCAGCUCGCGCAGGCACGCGCAGGCUGCUGCGUGGUCCUCUUGAAGGACGAAGACGCGAAGGUGCUGGGAUACGCGGUGAGCGACCGCUCAAACGACACUCACGGGUUCGCAGCCGCGUCACCGCUGGCCAUCGCGUGCUGGCGCGGCGUCGGGUCCGUCUCCAUCCUCAUGAGCAAGACAGACGCCAGGGUGAUGCUGGACCGCCUGCGCGACGCAAUGAAGGGGAAACAGAAGGCGGCCGAGGGCUGA